UACCAUAGUGUAUGUUUAUACUCUUAUGAAAUUAAAUCUCGUUACACUUCUUCCCUAAAGUCCCUCAAUUAUCUAUGAAAUUAUUUAUUUUUUAAUUCUAGUAAAUCCUUCAAUUUUCUUAGCCAACAAUUUUUAUUUCUGUUAAUCUUUAAAAACACCAAAAAUCACGCAUCUACAUAAUACCCCUACAAAUUGUUUUCCUAGAGAUGAUUCUCCUAGAAAGUUUUUCAUAGAUAGAUUGUCACCUAGAUUUUCCUCUCAUCCUGCUUUUCGCGGGGUGAGGAGAAAAAAUUCUCCCAAAAAUUUAGAGAUCAUUCACGUCUAAUCUGUUACUAUGGGAGAGGGCGAGGCUACAAACACCAUUUCCGACGUUGGAUAUCCAACAAAUAAUAACAAUGAUCAUUAUUACAACCAUCACAAGAAACCCCCAACUUCCAAGAACAAAACAAAUAUGUUCAAGGGGGGUCUUAUGAAUGUUAUCAAGGUGGUAUUGUACAUGUUGAGGAGGAAGAGCGACAAGACUGGUAAAAAGUUGUCACCCUCCCUCUCAACAGCCACCAACACCUCUCUAACGAAUUUUGUGGGGGCAUUUCGCCCCUUUCAUCUUCAGAGGGAUGUUGGUGGCAUGACUUCAUCAUCACCACAUCCCCAAAUUCUUUUCUCUAGGCAUGAUGAUGAGGUGAUUGAGGCAUCCCCUUAUCAUUCCAAGUAUGAUGCUUCCUCCUCUUCCUCCUCCUCCUCGCGCUCAUCAUCUUCUAGAGGAGACAUGAGUAGGUACGCCUCAGCUCAAAGUUUAAAUGAUCUUGACAAUGUUGAUGAGGACUCGGAUGAGGAGGAGGGUAUGAUGAUCGAUGGAGAUGCUUACUACGACGGGCUUGAAGGGGAUGAGAUGAUCGACGACAAGGCUGAUAAGUUCAUUGCUAAGUUUUAUCAACAAAUGAGGCUUCAAAACUUCUAAUAGAGUUAUAUAUACAACAAAAAAUUGAGAAUUAUUUAGGAAUCCAUGGUCGUAAUUCAUGCAUGUUUAUUGAAUAUUGAUGGUCUCAUGGUAAAUUUUUUGAGGGAAAUAUGAAGGAAAUUAUAAUUUUGUCAUUGAUUGGGAAAAAUAUAUAAUAAAGGAGAGUAGGUUUACGUAUUAGUGACUACGUGCAACUUACAUGGAUUGCAUGCUUUGAUUAUCAUCUAUAUAGGUCAAUUGAUUUAA